UUCCGAUCGUUCGCCAACGACGACCGCCAUGUCAUGUCCAAGCACGCCAGCAUCUAUCCGGCGCCCGAGGAACUGGAGGCCGUGCAGACGCUGGUGUCCACCGUGGAGGGAGCCCUCAAGAAAGUCUCAGAUUGGAUGGACGGCCUCAGCAAAUCCUCCAGGAAGACGUCCACUGAAAACGAGGCAGCGGACGACAAAGUGGAGGAUGAUGCUGCUGAGCUGCAGGCCACGUCAGUGCUGUGCGGGGUGACGCGUGUCGGCCUGGUGGCGAAGGGCCUGCUGAUCCAUGGAGACCUGGAGCUGGAGCUGGUGCUGAUGUGCCGAGAGAAACCCACGAAGCUGCUGCUGUACACCAUCAGCGCCAACCUCCCCCUGCAGAUCCAGACGCUGACGGAGGAGAAGUACGAGGUGCGGUCGUGUGUCCCUGAGGCAGCUCUCCGGAUCUGCAGCUCCAAAAACCCUCAACUCACUCUGAAGAUCUCCCUCUCCUCGUUAGCCAUGAGGGACAAGCGGCACAAGAAGGGCGAUCAAGAUGUCCACAAUGACGAGGAGGAAGCGGACGAAGACGAUGUCCUGGACAGACACAGGUGCCGGGCAGCGCUGGCUCUGCUCCGACACGCCAAGUGGUUCCAGGCCCGUGUCACAGACCUCAAGUCCUGCGUCCUCGUCUUGAGGAUCCUCAGAGACAUGUGCAACACACUGCCAGCAUGGCAGCCCCUCAACGGAUGGCCUCUGGAGCUGCUCUGUGAAAAGGCCGUAGCCACCUGCAGCCGGCCGCUGGGUCCGGCUGAGGCCCUGCGUCGCGUCCUGGAGUGCGUCGCCUCAGGAAUCCUCCUGCCAGGAGGUCCAGGAGUUCAUGACCCCUGCGAACGGGGACCUGCUGACGUCCUGUCUGACCUCAGUUCCCAGCAGGCGGACGCCAUCACACACAGCGCACAGCAUGCGUUACGCCUCCUCGCCUUCGGACAGCUUUACAAGGUCUUGAAUAUGGAUCCUCUCCCUGCAAGCAAACCCUCACCAAGACUGUUUGAAGGCGGUUGUCAGAAGAGGCUCCGGGAGGACGUCGGGUCGGAUGACAGAGACUUCAUCAAAAGGAUGAAAGUCCUGGACUGGAGGAUGACUGACCCGAACCACCCCAUGAACGCCCUGAUGCGUCUGAACCAGAUCCACCCGGGUCUCCAGUACCGCCUGCUGUCCCAGUCCGGCCCGGUCCACGCUCCGGUCUUCACCAUGUCCGUGGAGAUCCAGGGAACCAGCUACCAGGCCACGGGGAACUCCAAGAGAACCGCCAAGCUCCAAGUCGCCCUCAAGGCGCUGCAGGCUCUGGGCUUCGUUCUGCCCGGCGAAGGAGACGUGGACUCGCUGAGCGCCGACGAGAAGUCAGAUGGCGAAGGCAAGAACGACAGGAUGUCCAGCAGCUCCAGCUCCACCUCCAUCACCUCCUCCACAGACACACAGGAGUCCAGAGCUCCAGGUCCGAUUCUGACGGCGGGAGGUAAGAACCCGGUGAUGGAGCUGAACGAGAAACGCCGCGGCCUCAAGUACGAGCUGAUAUCAGAGAGCGGCAGCAGCUACGACAAGCGCUUCAUCAUCGAGGUGGAAGUAGACAAGCAGAUUUUUCGGGGAACGGGUCCCAAUAAGAAAGUAGCCAAAGCGAGCGCAGCGUUAGCCGCCCUGAAGAGUCUGUUCUCCGGCUGCAGCUCCACAAGCAGCAAGAAGAAACGGCCCAAUCCCCCGCCAAAGCGACCGAUGACCUCGGUGCUGACCCUCCCGGCCCUCGCUGCCAGACCUCAGCGGAUCCCCAUCAUCCCCAGACCUCCCUACAUCAGCAGCCCCCCCACCCACGGAUACAUCCCUCCAGGUUUCGGUGCCCCCUUCGGUUACAGCCCUGCCGGGGGCCUCCCUGCCUACGGCGGCCUGUACUUCGACAGUGCUUAUUACCAGCCGCAGACCAUCCACACCCCUAUAAUCAUCCACCUGGGCCCUCAGGAUCUUUUCUGA